CAACACCGGCGAAUUUACCAGGAUUUGCACAAACCUGGUAACAGUUUCAAAUCUGACAUCGUUCAUGCCACAUCGCGUUUUGCCCCAAAUAAAAAUCCACCUGUUCAAUUAAAACAUUUCAUUAUUAAAACAUUACAAUUAAUUUAAAUAUUUAUUAUUUAAUUCUAAAUUAAUUCUAAAUUUACUUGAUUCGAUACAUUUUUAAAAUCUAAAAACGAGUAAGAAACAAAAUUAGUGAAUAUAAAAGUUAAUAUCAGUGUUCGGAUUUUUUUUUAUUUGUGAAGUGUCACAAUGACGAUAAAAAAAGGAAACGUCGGGAAAGGUAAGGGGAAAGAUAUCUCGAAAAGUAAGAAUGAAGUUUCAUCCUCAACAUCAAAAACAAUGGAUUUGACCCGCAAGAGUUCUACUUCAUCAAUGAAACACGAAGUUGUAUCUUCAUCAUCAACCCUACAAGAAUCGAAAAAUGUCACAGCAUCCGAAAAACGAACAAACACCGUUGAAAUGUCAAGUUCAAGUCGUGAAAUAAUAAUGGACGCUGACGGAAAAAUAAUCAAAGUUAUUGAAAAUAAACCAACGACAGUCGUACAAACGGCUUCAACAUCAAAAUCAGGUAAAUCAUCACAAGAUUUAAUAGCCGAUGAACAGAGGCAAUUAGUAAGAGAGAGAAAUGAUAACGAGAGAUCAAAAAUUAUUCAAGACGAAAAAAUCACAUCAACCGAGCAAAGUCAAAUAAUGCACGAAACAAAUGAAUCAUUCGACACGAGUCAAAAUUUUGAUAAAAAUUACCAGAUAUCACGUGUAACGCCAACGAGUUAUUCGAGAUCGAUCGAGAGCAGCGAAUCAAAAAGAAUCAUCACCGAAGGUCACACCAAGGAUGGUCAAACUAUCACCAGCACUAUAAGAAUCGAUCAAUCGGGUCAAAGGGUAGACGAUAACGGACAAGUCACAUCAACGACAAGUCACAAUAUCGACAGUGACAUAACAAUGGACGAUAGCAAGAAAAUAAAUAAAUUAAAUCGAUUAAAAAUUGACGAUUCCAGUUCAACUUCCAGUUUUCAAGAAGAGAAUUUCACUUCACUGAAAGAUUUAAAAGUUUCCUCCGCCGACACAACGGAUUACGUUCGAAGAGAUUCAGACAGAUUAGAUCACAGUCCGGUUCGUUACACGAAACCCGGCGAUUCAACCUGGGACGGGAAAUUUAUCCUCGAGAAACCUGAGAUCAAAAAGAAAACAGUGUCCUACGAUCUUCGCGAUUCUCAAUCGACCGAAUCGACUUCAAAAUUUACAACCGAGAAAAAAAUCGACAUUCAAGACACAAAAUCACAGGAGACAAAUAUUCGAAGCAUCAUUCGAGAUUCACCAUCUCCCACUCGAAGAGUCACGCGACCCGGUGAUUCCACCUGGGACGGUCAUUUCACCUACGAAAAGCCCCAGGAAAAAAGAACCAAUGACCUCACAGUCGUUAGAAAAACAGCAAAACGAAACGAUUCAGUCGAAGUUCAAGACGUUACGGAAGACAGCAAUCUCACCCAAGAAUCACUCUCCUCAUCCUACAUCAUCGAAUACAACACCGAGGGCGACAAGAAAAUCGAAAAAGUCACCUCCGUCUCGGAUGUGAUAAUAGAAGAAGAAGAUGCCCCAACAAGAAAACCAAAAGAAGCGCCAAGAACCUAUCGCCUCGGGGAAUCAACCUGGGACGGUAAAUUCAUCUACGAGAAACCUCUUCCCCAGAAGAGAACUCCCGACAUCCGAAGAGUCGACAAAAGAUCCGAGACUGUCGACAUCAGGGAAGUCACCGAGGACAAUUCAAUCAACGAAGCCGACGUCUCAACCACUUCCUACCUUAUCGAACACACCUCCAGUGACAAGAGUCUAUUCGACGAACGUUCCAAACCCAAGAACGUCAAAACAAUCUUCGUCGAAGUCGAGGGUCAAGAAACUCCCAAACGUCCUCAGAGUCCCGACAAGAGUCGCACUACAAAGCCAGGUUCCUCAACCUGGGACGGUACGUUCGUCAUGGAACGAAGUGAACGAAGUCCAACAACAAAAAGAACACCUGGACCUGAGGAAAAAUAUUCUCCUCAAAAAUACGAUCAAAGAAAAUUCGAGAGCGUACGAAAGAAGAAUAUUAGCGACACUACUCUCGACUUGACCGAGGAUGAAGUCCUACACUCCUCCUUUAUCAUCCAAAAAUCAUCCACCCACGAGAGUUACACAGACUCGAAGAACGAUUUUUCCACCAGCUCAACCGAAACUGUUGUCAUUCAAGACGGUCAGACGAACAUUCUGGACCAAAAUUCGAUCAAACUGCUCACUGGCGACAAAUUCGACAAAUACGAACCUACUGAACAUAAACUAAUGAUCACUAGACCAAGAACCGACGAUUCUCCGGCUCCUGGGCCGGAAAAACGACCAACACCCGAGGAGAGAUCAAUGCGACCCAACAAGCCCGGCUCAUCAACCUGGGACGGAUCAUUCACUUACGAGAAGCCUCUUUCCAAAAAACCCGAUUCGAAAAAACCCGAUUCUAAAGAACCCGAUUCGAAAAGACCCUAUUCGAAAGAACCCGAUUCGAAGAAACCCUAUUCUAAAGAACCCGAUUCUAAAGAACUCGAUUUAUACCCAAAAUCGUCUUUGGACAGAACUACAAAAUUCGACAGUUCAAAUACAACGAGAGAAACAUCAACAUUCGAAUCAAGAACUUAUGAUUCGUCGAAUAUUUCGACAAUCGAUAGGAAUAUUGAUAGAAAUAUUGAUACAAGUACGUACGAGACAAAAAUAGAAAAGUCGCCGAAAGUGCAACCGAGAAGCGAGAAAUUAAAAUCGCCGGAAGAUAAAACGAGUCCUGAUCGAACGACAAAUCGAGCACCACGUCCAACGAAGCCGGGUUCAUCGAAUUGGGAUGGUUCGUUCACCUACGAGAAACCACAGGAAAAACGCCCGUCCGACACCAGAAGACCCAGUGACGAUAGAAAACCUCCUCGUGAAAAAACUCCCAAAUUCGAUAAUUUUAAUACAACAAUUGAAAAAUCAACAUUCGAAUCAAAAACGUACGAUUCAUCGAAUAUUUCAACGUUUGAUACGAAUAUUGAUAAAAAUAUUUCGACAAUUGACACGAAUAUCGAUUCAAGUACAUAUGAGACAACAAAAUUCGAAAAGACCCCAAAAGUGCAACCAAGAACCGAAAAAUCAUUUCCAGAAGAUAAUACAUUGGAUAAAACGAGUCCAGAUCGAACGACAAAUCGAGCACCACGUCCAACAAAGCCGGGUUCAUCAAAUUGGGAUGGUUCGUUCACCUAUGAGAAACCACAGGAAAAGAGACCGAACGAUAAUAGAAGACCUAGUGAUGAGAGAAGAAUACCGAUAAAUCUGGAGAAACAAUAUCCAAAGGAUAAUAACUUACCGGAUACUAUUGAUCGUAGAUCUUCAAUAACUAAGGAUAUUGUUAGUAACACCACUUCGAAACAUGAUGUCAUUGACUCUCAGAAUAUUAUUUCCGAUACUGACAACACAACCGUUACGUCAGAUAUUAUGCAACAGACUUUUGUCAUAGAAAAAUCGUCGAGUUCCAUUGAAGUUCAAGACUUUCGGAAUAUUGUUGACAAUCGUGUUAUUAACGAAUUCACAAAGGAUGUUCGUCAGGAUCAGAGAGAUGUCAGCAAAUCAACGAGGGAAUUUGUCAAUCAAGAACAGUUUAAUAGUAUGGUAGCGCGUGAUGUCGACGAGACAAAAUUCGAAAAGAUCCCGACUUCUGGUCCGCGAUCGCCAAGCGAAUCGCCUCAAAAGGUCUCUCCCGAUCGACCCGGUUAUCCCCGAGGAAUUCCAAAUCUUCGGAGCGAUGACAAACCGAAAUCAAUUCCCGCCGCAGGAAAACCGAGUCGACCACAACGCCGUGAGGAAACUCCACGACAAAUUGGUGAUAAACCCGGACCGAGAAGACCCUCUGACACUAGGACCAAAUCACCGGAAAAACCUCGAGAUUAUAUUUCACCGACAGAGAAAUUACCGAAUAAACAUGAAAAGGAACCGAAACCGCGAAGAGGUGAUCAGAGUCCUGAUUCCUUGGAAAAAGAAGAUAUCAACCCGCAAAAAGUACCGGACGUUAUUGCUAAAAUUCCCCUAAAGGAACAAUGUAUUUGUGAACUUUGCACUUGUGGACGUCAUCGUUGUCCACACAAUAACUUUCCGGAGGAACAUCUGGAGAUUCCGCACGACCAGCCGGUGUAUACAGUAACAUCCUACAAGAAUGACUUUGACGAGAAACAUGUCGAGAGGCAGACAUUUUAUCGACAGGAGGAUCAUUUGCAUAUGGAGGGCGAUUUCCUUGGUGAAAGACGAACUGAUUACGUUGCAACUCAUGGCGAGAGACUUCCAAUCAAGAAGCCUGAAGACCAUCUUAAACCGGAAGGAGAUUUUAUCGGUCGUCCCAAGGAAGAGGCACCCAAGUAUGGCGAACGUGCUCCCAUUAAGAAGCCAAAAGAUAAUCUGAAACCAGAAGGUGAAUUUAUUGGCAGGCCCAAGCAAGAAGCGCCAACUCAUGGCGAACGAGCGCCUAUUAAAAGACCCGAGGACAACUUGCGUCCUGAAGGAGAAUUUGAUAGUCUGACAACCACAGAGCUGGUUUUCACCGGGAUUUCCGGCGAAAGGCCAAGCCCUGCACGUCGCAACACCUACACAAAAGUUGAGGGAGAAUUCACUGACGAGACAACAUCGCGAACUGAAUUUAUCGAUCAUCGAACUGUUCAACGUGCCGAGAUCAUCCGACAAGUUGAUAAUCUAACAAUCGGAGAGGGAGAAUUCACGGGAACCUCUCACGUGAAGGAAGACUUUCACACCUACGAUGUCGUUAAGCGGGAACCAGAGAGACGACCAACGUGGACCACGGACGACGUUGAUAAAUAUUACGGGCGAACUGAUAUCACGGAAAAUAUAUCAACAACAACUCACGAAGAGUUUCACAAUUUCGAUCAAACGGAUUAUCGAAGUACUCUUGUCAUUCGACGGGAUGAUAAUUUAAAACCAGAGGGACCUUUCGAGGGAGUAUCAAAAACGAGAGAAGAUUUUGUGCCUAUGAUAACAGAGAGACCAAUUCCACAAAAGCCGAAGGAUAAUUUAAAACCCAAGGGUCCUUUUGAGGGCAAACCAAAGGACGAUUACACGCCGAAGCGUGUCGAGCGACCGGAAGUGAAAAAACCCCGUGAUAAUCUAAAACCCGAGGGUCCUUUCGAGGGAAAGCCCAAAGACGACUACAAACCAACGAAAGGAGAUCGAGCUGACGUUAAAAGACCACAAGACAAUCUUCGACCCGAAGGACCAUUCGAAGCGAGACCUAAGGACGACUACAAACCGACUGUAGGUGAUCGGGCGGAUGUUAAAAGACCGGUGGAUAAUUUAAAACCUGAAGGUCCAUUCGAAGGAAAGCCGAAGGAUAAAUACACGCCUGGAGAACGAAGAACGCCCAUCAAGCCUGAAGACAAUCUUCGUCCAGAAGGAGAUUUCGAAAGACCGCAACCGCAACUCUAUGGUCCUGGAGAUCGUGCACCAAUUGUCCGUCACCCUGACAAUCUGUUCCCGAAGGGCGAUUUUCCUGAUCGAGAACGACAACCAUUCAAGCCAGCGGAACGCAGAACGCCCAUCAAGCCUGAAGACAAUCUUCGUCCAGAAGGAGAUUUCGAAAGACCGCAACCGCAACUCUAUGGUCCUGGAGAUCGUGCACCAAUUGUCCGUCAUCCUGACAAUCUAUUUCCGAAGGGCGAUUUUCCGGAUCGUGAACGACAGCCGUUCACUCCAGCCGAACGAAGAAAACCUGUAAAACCAGAGGACAAUUUACACCCUGAAGGCGAUUUCGAAGGAAAGCCGAAAAAUGAUUACCAACCGAAAAGAGCAGAACGACCGGAAGUCAAACGUCCUGAAGAUAACUUAAAACCGGAAGGUGUCUUCGAGGUGAGACCGAAAGAUGAUUUCAAACCCACAAAAGGCGAUCGGGCGGAUGUAAAAAGACCGGUGGACAAUUUGAAACCAGAAGGUCCAUUUGAAGGAAGACCAAAGGAUGAUUAUAUGCCGAAAAAAGCCGAUCGACCGGAAGUUAAGAAACCUGUCGAUAAUUUGAGACCAGAAGGUGAUUUCGAAGAUCGGCCUAAAGACAAAUUUACUCCUGCCGAACGAAGAACGCCCAUCAAGCCAGAAGACAAUCUCCGUCCCGAAGGAGACUUCGAGAGACCUCAACCACAACCCUACGGUCCUGGAGAUCGAGCACCGAUUGUCCGUCAUCCUGACAAUCUAUUUCCGAAAGGCGACUUCCCAGAUCGGGAACGUCAACCGUUCACUCCAGCCGAACGUAGGAAACCUGUAAAACCAGAGGACAAUUUAUAUCCCGAGGGAGAUUUCGAAGGAAAACCGAAGAAUGAUUACCUACCGAAAAGAGCAGAACGACCGGAAGUCAAACGUCCUGAAGAUAACUUGAAACCGGAAGGUGUCUUCGAGGUGAGACCCAAAGAUGACUACAAACCGACAAAAGGUGACAGGGCGGAUGUCAAGAAACCGAAGGAUAAUCUGAGACCAGAAGGACCGUUUGAAGGAAGACCUAAAGAUGAUUUCAAGCCCACGAAAGGCGAUCGAGCGGAUGUUAAAAGACCGGUGGACAAUUUGAAACCAGAAGGUCCAUUCGAGGGAAGACCAAAGGAUGAUUAUAAGCCGAAAAAAGCCGAUCGACCGGAAGUUAAGAAACCGGUGGACAAUUUGAGACCAGAAGGUGAUUUCGAAGAUCGGCCCAAAGACAAGUUUACUCCUGCCGAACGAAGAACGCCCAUCAAGCCAGAAGACAAUCUUCGUCCCGAAGGGGACUUCGAGAGACCGGAACCGCAACCCUACGGUCCUGGAGAUCGAGCACCGAUUGUCCGUCAUCCUGACAAUUUAUUCCCGAAAGGCGACUUCCCAGAUCGGGAACGUCAACCGUUCACUCCAGCCGAACGUAGGAAGCCUGUAAAACCAGAAGAUAAUUUACAUCCAGAAGGUGAAUUCCCCGAUCGUGAGCGUCAACCAUUCACUCCUGCCGAGCGAAGAACACCCAUCAAACCAGAAGACAAUCUUCGACCCGAAGGUGAUUUCGAGAGACCACAACCUCAACCAUACGGACCCGGAGACCGUGCACCAAUUGUCCAUCACCCCGACAACUUAUUCCCAAAAGGCGACUUCCCAGAUCGUGAAAAACAACCAUUCACUCCCGCAGAACGACGAACUCCAAUCAAACCCGACGAUAAUCUUCGCCCCGAAGGCGAUUUCGUCGACAAACCUCGAGAGAAAUUCGUCCCCGCCGAAAGACGUCAACCCAUCAAACAUCCCGACAACCUCCAACCCGAAGGAAACUUCACUCGAUCAACACCCACACCAUACGCUCCCGGAGACCGAGCACCAAUUGUCCGCCACCCCGACAAUCUCUUCCCGGAAGGUGAAUUCCCCGACAGGGAAAAGCAACCAUUCACUCCCGCCGAGCGACGAACUCCUAUCAAACCCGACGACAAUCUCCGUCCCGAAGGAGAUUUCCAGGGAAAACCAAAAGACGACUUCAAACCAACGAAGGGCGAUCGAGUUCCGGUUAAAAAGCCGAAAGACAAUCUCAAACCCGAAGGUAAAUUCGAACGUCCGGAAAAAACACCGGUUAAACCCGCUGAACGACGUUCUCCAAUCAAGCACCCAGACAAUCUCAAACCAGAAGGCGAAUUCGUACGACCGGAUCAUGAAGAAUUCCAACCAGCCGAACGUCCUACGGUCAAGAAACCCAAGGACAACUUGAAGCCAGAAGGCGAUUUUGAGAGACCACAAACUGAGAAAUUCAGUCCUGCCGAGAAACGAACGCCUAUAAAGCAAAAAGACAAUCUCAAACCCGAAGGUCCUUUCGAAGGUCGGCCUAAGGACGAUUUCAAACCAUGUCGAGGGGAACGAAUGGACAUUGUCAGACGAACUGACAAUUUACACCUGGAGGGCGAUAUCGAGACGUCUAGAACUCGCGACGAUUAUACCAAUUUUCUAGUACGAGAAAGAGUCGAAGUUACCAAAUACGAGGAUAAUUUACGAAUGGAAGGCGAAUUUACAGACACUAGAACUCGUGAUGAUUUCAAGGUGGUGCGUGGAGAACGAGUUGAUAUCGUAAUACACGAGGACAAUCUCAAACCCGAGGGACCUUUCGACGCUCGACCAAAAGAUGACUACACUCCAAAGAGAGUCGAUCGACCGGAAAUUAAGAAGCCACAGGAUAAUUUGAAACCAGAGGGUACAUUUGAACGACCGGAGCAAAAACCGUUCAGACCGGCCGAAAAGCGGGUUCCAAUCAAGCCUGAGGAUAAUCUAAAACCCGAGGGUGAAUUUACAGUUCGUCCAAAAGAGGAAGCACCGAAGAAAGGCGAUCGUGCGGAUAUAAAGAAACCAAAAGAUAACUUGAAACCAGAAGGAACUUUCGAGCGUCCAGAAAAGAGUACCGUUGGUCCCGGAGAACGACGCACGCCGAUUCGUCAUCCAGACAACUUGAAACCCGAGGGCGAUUUCACCGAUCGUCCUAGAAAAGAAGCACCAACCAAGGGCGAUCGUGCCGAAAUUAAGAAGCCGAAGGACAAUCUUCGUCCAGAAGGUACUUUCGAACGACCCGAGAAAUCUCCGGUCGGUCCCGCAGAACGUAGAACACCGAUUCGUCAUUCAGACAAUCUUAAACCAGAAGGCGAUUUCGAACGACCGGAUCAUCAAGAAUUCAGACCUGCAGAGCGUCCGAAGGUUAAGAAACCAAAGGACAAUUUGAAACCCGAAGGAGAAUUCACCACACGUCCUCGGGAGGAAGCGCCGAAGAAGGGCGAUCGGGCAGAAGUGAAGAAACCUAAAGACAAUCUGAAACCGGAAGGAACUUUCGAACGUCCGGAAAAAUCUCCUGUUGGUCCAGCUGAACGAAGAACACCGAUUCGUCAUCCAGACAAUCUAAAAACAGAAGGUGAAUUCGAAAGACCAGAACAUACAGAAUUCAGACCUGCAGAGCGUCCGAAGGUUAAGAAACCAAAGGACAACUUGAAACCAGAAGGAACUUUCGAGCGUCCAGAAAAGAGUCCCGUUGGUCCCGGAGAACGACGCACGCCUAUUCGUCAUCCAGAUAAUCUUAAACCAGAGGGUGAUUUCCCUUGUCGUCCAAAGGAGGAAGCACCGAAACGAGGCGAUCGGGCGGACAUCAAGAAACCCAAGGACAAUCUCAAAGUGGAAGGUGAAUUCGACCGACCACAAAAAACAUCCGUCAAACCAGCUGAAAAACGCACACCGAUCAAGCACUCUGAUAAUCUAAAACCUGAGGGUCCGUUUGAGGGAAGACCCAAAGAUGACUACGUGGUCGUGCGGGGUGAACGAGCUGACAUCGUCAAGCAUACCGACAAUCUUCACAUGGAAGGUGAUAUCCAAACAAUCCGCUCACGCGAUGACUAUACAAACUUCCUGGUUCGAGAACGAGUCGAAAUAACCAAAUAUCAGGAUAAUUUGCGAAUGGAAGGCGAAUUUACGGACACUAGAACUCGUGAUGACUACCAAGUGACACGAGGCGAGCGAAUCGAUGUUGUUAAGCACGAGGACAAUCUUCGACCAGAAGGUGAUUUUGUCAGACCCAAGAAAACACCGGUAGGACCUGCCGAACGUCGUACACCAAUUAAACCCGAGGACAACUUAAAACCAGAGGGUGAAUUCGUCGGUCGCCCGAAACAGGAAGCACCCAAGAAAGGUGAACGAGCGGACGUGAAGAAACCAAGAGACAAUCUUUACCCUGAAGGAGAAUUCGAUCGUCCAGUUAAGAAACCCGUUGGACCGGGUGAGAAGAGAACGCCAAUCAAACAUCCGGAUAAUCUGAAACCCGAAGGAGAAUUCACAGGAAGACCGAGAGAUGAUUCACCGAAGAAGGGCGAUCGUGCUCCAAUCAAGAAACCAGCGGACAAUCUUCAUCCCGAGGGUGACUUUGUACGUCCCACGAAAUCUCCAAUUGGUCCCGGUGAACGGCGAACGCCUAUCAGACACGCUGAUAACUUAUUCCCUGAGGGUGAUUUCGAGAGACCGGAGAAAUCUCCAAUAUCGCCGGCCGAGAGACGAACUCCAAUUCGACCGGAGGAUAAUCUCCAUCCCGAAGGUACGUUCACCGGGAAACCAAAGAACGACUUUACCCCGAAACGCGUGGACCGUCCGGUUCAAAAGAAACCCAAGGACAAUCUCAAACCAGAAGGUGACUUUAUCGGCAAGCCGAAGGACGAUUACAAACCCACAAGAGGAGAACGAAGUCAAGUCGUCAUCCACAAGGAUAAUCUUCGAAUGGAAGGGGAAAUUGAAACCCAUCGGACUAGUGACGAUUACACGAUUACCAGAGGCGAUCGAGUGGAUGUCGUUCGUCAUGAGGAUAAUUUACGAAUCGAGGGUGAAUUCGUCGAUAUUAAACGACGUGACGAUUACAAUGUCACCAGAACCGAGAGAAUUCAAGUCGUUCGACACGAGGACAACCUACGACCCGAGGGAGAUUUCCAACGUCCCGAAAAGAAACCAGUUGGUCCAGCCGAACGAAGAACACCUAUCAAACAUCCAGACAAUUUGAAACCAGAAGGAACUUUCGACCGUCCAGAAAAGAGUCCAGUUGGUCCCGGAGAACGUCGCACGCCGAUUCGUCACCCAGACAAUUUGAAACCCGAGGGUGAAUUUACAGUUCGUCCUCGGGAAGAAGCGCCGAAGAAAGGCGAUCGUGCGGAUAUAAAGAAACCUAAAGAUAAUCUUAAACCGGAAGGAAGUUUCGAUCGUCCAGAGAAGAGUCCCGUUGGUCCCGGAGAACGUCGCACGCCAAUCCGCCAUCCAGACAACUUGAAACCCGAGGGCGAUUUCACCGAAUAUCCAAGAAAAGAAGCACCGACCAAGGGCGAUCGAGCCGAAAUUAAGAAACCAAAGGACAAUCUUCGUCCAGAAGGUACUUUUGAUCGACCGUCAAAAUCUCCGAUUGGUCCCGGAGAAAGACGAACCCCAAUUCGUCACUCCGAUAACCUAAAGGUCGAAGGCGAUUUCGCAAAACCUUAUCGCACAGAAUACGUUCCAUCCGAACGUCCAAAACAGAAGAAACCUCAGGACAAUCUUCAUCCAGAGGGUCAAUUCUACAUCGUUCCAAAGGACGAUUUCGUUCCCAAACGAGCAGACCGGGCUCCAGUGCGCAAACCCGAGGACAAUCUCAAAUCAGAAGGCGACAUGCAAAUCACAACCGCCUCUCAUGACGACUACAAAAAACACACCAGAGGCGACCGAGUCGAAAUACGUCGCCACGAGGAUCAUCUCCGAAUGGAGGGAGAAAUGGACGUUCGUCGUUCGCGAGACGAUUACAAAAACAUCACAAAAGUCGAACGAAUCAACAUUCGAAAGCACGAGGACAAUUUAAGAAUAGAAGGCGAAUUCGUCGACGUUCGCCGAAAAGACGACUAUCAUCAUCACACAACUGUCGAACGAGCUCCAAUCAAAAAACACCCAGACAAUCUCAAACCCGAGGGGACCUUCGAACGUCCCGAAAAAUCCCCCACUGGUCCCGGUGAACGCAGAUCUCCAAUCAAACACCCAGAUAAUCUAAAACCCGAAGGCGACUUCGCCGUUCGUCCACGAGACUACACGCCAACUCGCGCCGAACGAAGAGAAAUCGUCCGUCACGAAGACAACCUCCGCCUCAACACUGGCACCAUGGAGUCAAAAACAAUAAAUCGCGAUUCCUACACAACAAAAACCGACUCAAGAGAACUCGUUUCCAACGGAACCAGGAAUCGCCACAACGAAUCCUCGAUAAAUCUCAGUGACGAUCACUUGACUAGAAACCAGAAUUACAACACCUACACGAAACGCUCAAGCAAGGAGACAAUAGAAUACUUGAAAGACUCCGAUCACAGAAACACCUCAUCAAACCAGGUCAUUCGACCUUCGAGUAGACAAAGGGACGAUCGCUACUCCGACGACUACGACUACAACCGAAGAAGCGAAAAACUGCACAAAUCACAAAUACGCGAAGAGAAGCAGUAUUCAGAAGUCGAUCGCCAUCACGAGCACAACAAACGCGACUACGUCAACUCCCAACACUUGGAAUCAAAAACAAGCAGUCAAUCUCGACAAUCAAAAUUAACCCAACAAACCAUAGCCAGUCAAGCCCGUUACAAUGCGAAUCAAGCCAGCAGCAGCGAAUUCAAACAAACCAUAAGCGGACAAGACCGCCACCAAGAGUCCCUCACCAAAACCACCCACCAUCGAAAGAACAUAAUUUCCUCCUCAUCCGCCGACGUCUGUAACGCCGUCCUUCACCGUCGUGGCGUCGUCUCCUCAACCGAAGCCCUCCACACAAUCUCCUCAACAGCCGCCGAUCAACGUAAAAGUCUCUCGAAUCUCGCCGAAAGUGGUCAAUUCAUCAGCAAUUCAUCGCAAAGCAGCGAUCGCAAGAGUCUCACAUCCCUUCAUCGAAGCAACAAGGAAGUCAAUCCCUGGGCAUCAUCAUCCUACGAACGACCACAACGCAUCGUACGUCAUCAAGAUAAUUUGACCGUCGGUGGGAAAUUUUACUCCCACAGCGAGGGUCGUAGUUAUGGAAAUUUCUCCAAUCAACAAAAAGUAGAACGAAUUCAAAAGCAAUCGAACGUAUCACACAUUAGUUUAGGUGAUUCAUCAUCAUUGAAUUCGAGUAUGUAUAAAAAAGAAUACGUACCCAGAAAUCGAGGGCCAUGUCCCGCUGCUCUUCUCGAGGCAAAGAAAGUUCCAUUUAAGCACACACGCGAUACUCAAAAACACAAAUUCUACAUGCCCUUGAUUUCCAAUUAGAAAAACGUACAUAUUCUUCUCCUCGCGCAUCCUUUUGAUAAAAAAAAAAAUUGGCUGUGAACUACCAGCUGCGAUUUUCCUUUUCUUUUCAGUUCCACCAGAACGAUGCCUUGAUUUCCAUUUCUGAAAAAAUCAAAAAUAUUUAGUAUUUAGAUAAAAAAAAAAGUAUAUCAGAAAUAUUUAUUAAUACUUAAGUGAAGAAAUCGAUUGUUUCUUACAUUCAAUACAAGCAAAUUUAUUGAAUUUAAUAUUAAUAGCAAAAACUAGCAAAUGAUACGCGUGGAACGCGGUAUUCCAUUUAUUAUUAUUUUGUAAAUUAAACAAAUUUUAUAUUUUCAAGAAUAAACUUCAAUUUUUGAAUAACUACAGAUUGAAAAUUUAAAGAAUUAACUUUUUAAGUACAGAAUAUUAAAU